AUGCCGCCGAAAGCGGGCGAGAUCAGCCAAUCCGUCGAAGAAAGCAACAAACUCCGCGAGAAGCUCGGAAUCCAAAAGCUCAAAGAGGACAAGCCACAAAGUUCCAAAGGCAGCUCCAACGAUCCUGUCUUCGCUCCAGCAGAUAAGAAAGCUGAAGAUGCCAAGGAUAAGGACAAGGAGAGCAAGCGGAAGGCGGCGGCUGCCAAGUCGAAGAGAGACCACGAGGAGUUGGUGCAAGGCGCCGGAUUGGGGGAUAUCCUUGAAAAGGAGGAGGGGAAGGGCAGCGCAUCGGACUGGAUCGCCAGGACAAGAGGCGCAGAUGGAAGUAUGAAGGGAGCGACUGCCAAGAAAGAUGAUGGCAAGAAGAGGAAGGAGGCUCCCGGCGGAGAUGUGUCUGUUCCAAAGAUGAAAGUACGACAUGACUCCGAAGCCUUGAAAGAGGGAGAGACCAUGGUGAUGACUCUUAGCGACCAGCGGUUGAUUGACAAGGAUGGCAACCUGGUCGAAACGCAGGACGAGCUGUCCAACGUCAAUCUGAUAGAUUCCGACAAGGCGAAGAAGCAUGAAGCCAUUAGGUCUCAGGUGGAGUACGAUCCCACCAAGCAGGGGGCGGACAUCCUCGACAAGUACGACGAUCCUUCGGUCGCACCGAGCGGCUUCAUGAUCGGUGGUGUGCCCACUGGAGUCAUUGAAGAGAGGGAUCCGGAGAAGAGGCUGCAGAUCCUGACAGCAAUGAGCGAGAAUCAGACCCUGGACUUUGGGAACAAGUUUCAGUCGGACUUCUACACAUCAGACGAGAUGUCCAAGUUCAAGAAGCCAACCAAGAAACCUGCGAAGAAGAAGAACAGAGCAAAGGUCCCCCCCAGCUUGACCCUGCUUCGUUCAGGUUGUUGCAUUGGGCUCGUGAUGGCGAGCCCUUGCGGGAUGACGCACUCGAAGUAUUUGGCCUCGGCAGCCUCAGCAGCAUACUCAUCCUUGAUGCCGGAGGGUCCUGCAGGGAUCCAGGUGAUCUGUGGCCUCCAUCACACGGAGCUGUGCCUCGUCAUGCCCAAGGCAACUUGGACAACUCAGGACUUGAUGGAGGCCAUCAGCCUCGAGACCGCCGUCCCAGGGGAUCACUUCCGCCUGGUUUGGGCUGGGAUGGCGCUGGGUCCCGGACCGCUGCCAGCAGCGUUUCGCAAGAAGAGCGACCUUCCGCUCAAACUGACCAUGGUCAGGGUUCAGCCUGCCUGGGCAGCGGCGUUGGAUCGGGUCUUGGGAGGCUUGAUUCCAGGCGCCGACUUUGACGCGAUAUGCGAUGGUCGCGUGCUGCAAGAAGUAGGAGAAGUCCGGGACUGCCUGCGACAAAACCGUGAGCUGGCGCUUGCCGCAGUGCAGCACUCCGGAAGCAUGCUGAUGCACUGCAGCGAAGAGUUGCUGCGCGACAAGGAGCUGGUUCUGGCAGCGCUCCACGAAUGUGGAACAGCGCUGCGCUUUGUCCCUCUACCGCUGCGCAGAGACCACGAGGUCGUGUGCGCCGCUCUCCGAAACGAUGGCGAAGCUUUGGUGCACACGCCUGCUGAGUUGCAGGCGAACAAGGAGAUUGUGGCAGAGGCAGUAGCCCAAGCCGCGGAGGCUCUUCGGCAUGCCUCUCCACUCCUAAAACAGGACAGAUCGUUCGUGCUGGAGGCAGUCAGAAGGCGUGCAAAGGCCUUCCUUCAUGUGGCAGCCACUCUUCGAAAUGACAAGGCCUUCGUCAUCUCUGCUGUGCGAGCCAACGGCGACGUUUUGACCUAUGUUCCGCAGGUUCUUCGGACCGACAAAGAUGUCUGCAUGGCGGCCAGGGCAUUUUGGGCUGGCGAAGGAGAUGCACCAGUGCACAACGACGGCCUGCUGCGCAAGGGUCUGCUGUGGGAGCCCAGCGAGCAUGUGAAGAGGGCCGCACAGAUCCUCGAAGGCAGACUUGCCUGA